CCUUAAUAUUAUUUCUCCCUGAAGAGGAGGAAAUAAACGGUUGAAUUUAAUCUGCGAGACGAGUCUAAAAGAAGAGCAUCAAUGGAUUGAAAGAUUGUACCUGACGCUUCAAGUGAAAAAAGUGCCUCAAGCAAGGUUGGGAGAUGUGUAAAGGGUGACGGACGGCCAUGGGACUGGAGAGACAGUGGCUUCAGGCUGUCACCAUUGCUGUAGCCAUCUGUCUACUAAGUGUGUCUCAAAGCGUGGCAUCACUGGUUCGUGCCCGGGAGGGGAGCUCUGCAGAGCUCAGCUGUAAUCUCACGCCUACAUCUAAAGAAGCCACCACCCCAAACCUCUUCCCUCUACAUGUGGUAGAGUGGGUGCGCCUCGGUUACAACGUUCCCGUCCUCAUCAAAUUUGGAGUGUAUGCUCCUCGUGUUCAUCCAAACUACAAGGGCCGAGUAACUUUGACCCAGGGUGCCUCUCUGCUGGUGGAAGGGCUGACCCUGGAGGACGAGGGCUGGUUCGAAUGCCGCAUUCUGCUCCUGGAUAGCAAAACCGACAACUUUCAAAACGGCACAUGGACGUUCCUCUCCAUCACAGCUCCACCUGUGUUUAUCAAGACCCCACCAACUUUUGUGGAGGUUUUGCUCGGAGACUCGCUGACGCUCAGCUGUGGAGCCCAUGGCAACCCUCGGCCAACUGUCGUCUGGCAUAAAGAUGAGAACCCGAUUGAGAAACAUGAAAAAAUAAAAGUGCUCAAUGGUAGCCUGUCUUUGGCCUCCAUCACGAGAAAUAUUUCAGGAGUCUACAAAUGUCACGUGUCCAACACAGAGGGGAACCUGACCCACUAUACACAGCUGCAGGUCAAAGGUCCCCCACUCAUCAUCAUCUCGCCAGAGGACACCACUCUUAACAUGUCACAGGAUGCAGUUCUGCAGUGCCAGGCUGAUGCUUACCCUUCCAACCUCACCUAUGAAUGGAUGAAACAGGGACAGAAUGUUUACCACAUUGAGUCUCUGAAGUCACGUGUGAAGGUUUUGGUGGAUGGAACACUUCUUAUCCCUAAUCUAAUCCCAGAAGAUGCUGGCAAUUACACCUGUGUCCCAACUAAUGGGAUACUGACCCCGCCCUCAGCUUCUGCACAUCUGAAAGUGAAACACCCUGCUCGUAUAGGCCGAAUGCCCAGAGAAACAUACCUGCCAGCUGGCAUGGAGGGGGUCAUUGUCUGCCCUGUCCAGGCUGAUCCCCCUGUGCUAUAUGUCAACUGGACCAAAGAUGGGAACAAUUUAAAUCUUGACAACCUCCCAGGUUGGAUGGUGAACUCCGAAGGCUCAGUUUUUAUAGCAACAGCCAAUGACAAUGCUGUUGGCAUGUACACCUGCACUGCAUAUAACAGUUACGGCACUAUGGGCCAGUCUGAACCCACGCAAGUCAUUCUGCAGGACCCCCCAUCUUUCAAAGUGUUUCCCCGGCCUGAGUACCUCCAGGAGGUGGGCAGAGAGUUGAUCAUCCCCUGUGAAGCCAUUGCAGACCCCACUCCGAACAUAACAUGGAGCAAGAUUGGCCCUACUCCUCGCUCCCCAUAUACUGUGUUGGCUAAUGGCUCCCUCCUGCUGCAGCCACUGAGUAAAGACCACCAUGGGGGCUGGGAGUGCUUAGCCACUAAUCGAGUAGCUACCGUCAGUGCAGGCACUGUGGUCAUGGUGCUGGGCACCAGUCCUCAUGUUGUGUCUUCAGUAUCUGUCACCACAGAGAUGAAUCAGGCCAAUGUAUCUUGGGUUCCCGGCUUUGAUGGUGGAUACACCCAAAAGUUCACUGUGUGGUCAGUAACAUCAAUCACUUUCAACACUUUUCUCACUUCUCAACAAGCAGACGCAUUUACUGUUUUAUUUUGCUAUCUUUAUUUUGGAUGGCUUUGUUUUUUCUCCAGGGUCAAGCAGGCAUCCAGAGGGAAACAUGAAUGGGCUUCUUUGCCUGUGCCCACAUCCAAAAACUAUCUAUUGAUUACGGGGCUACUUGCUGGCACCGGUUAUCAGUUCAGUGUCCUACCUCAGAAUAAGCUAGGCUCUGGACCUUUCAGUGAAAUCGUUACUGUGCGAACUCAAGCUGUGCCAACAGAAACACCUACGGUCGUCACCACUCUCCCAACACUGGAACCUCCUGUAUUCCUGUCAGCCAACCGGACUGGACAAGGCAUUUUCCUGCAGUGGUCACCUCCUGAAGCUCCAUCCUCUCCACUGACAGGUUAUGUGCUGCAGGCCCGCCGGGAUCAGGGCCAGUGGGUCAUCCUCAGCAGUAACAUCAGUGCCAAUCAGAGUGAACUAGUGGUACAAGGACUGCUACGGGACUCCAGUUAUGAUCUGAGGCUGAUGUCCCGCAGCAAUAAAAUACUCAGUGAACCGAGUGACUCUGUUAAUGUAUCCACCACGGGGAUGGAGAUUUACCCCUUGCGCCCAAGUUUCUUGGAGUUCAUCCCUGAGCCUCUGCUGGCUGGUGUGUUAGGAGGAGUGUGCUUCCUGUUCAUGGCCAUCGUCCUCUCCUUGGUGACAGCUUGCUAUAUGAGUAACAGGAGACAACGUCGGCGCAGAAAGAGAAGACAAGACCUCCCAUCUGCCUUCCAGAAGAGCCAUACUACAGAACCCGGCUCACCUCCUCGGAGCCCCGACAGUGUCUUAAAGCUGAAGCUGUGCCCACCGCUUCCCUUCUUCCCCAACCCCUCCUCACAGUCUGACCGCUCCUCCUUUGAUAAAGGCAGCCGUGGGGAAUACCAAGACCAGCGGAAACAACUCCUUUCCAACUCAUCUCCACCACCUCAUUACACACUCUUUGAGAGUCACCUUGGGUCCCAGGACCCCUCAUCAACUGCUUUGGAGUCAAUCUCCAGAGGCCCAGAUGGACGCUUUAUUGUCCAAGCAGUGCCAGAGAGUUCCAGUCCCUCCAAUAAGCAAAUCUUGAAGAAGGAUGUCCUGCAAAGUAAUGGAGGGGCAAGUUGCUCAGGAAGCAACCGGACAUCGUUCAGAGACUCUCCAAAGUUAAGCAACUUGAGCUCAGAAAAGGAUGACAGGAAGGAUUCUCCUCUCACUGUGGACGUCCCAGAGCUGAGCAGACCUCCUUCCUCCCCUGGAAGAGUACGGGCCAUGGCCAGAAACUUCUCCCGUCACGGCUGCUUUUACUCUGAUGACGAACAGGGAUCAGAGGCCCUACUGGAAAGAGCCAGCUUCUAUUCAGACAACAGCGAGAAAAAACCCAGUGAUUCUCUGAGGAGGUAUCGCAUGCCGGGUCACACUGAAGACCUUUUCCCUAGUUUGGGCAGAAGAACCAAGCUUCUGGAUAGAGAGAAAGGCUACCGGCCUAUGGAGAGUCAGCUGACUAAUAACAGCACUCUGGUCUCACAACUUGACAGUGAGCUGGAGAGGGACAGCAUUAACAAGUGUGUCCAACUCGCAAAGGAGAGGGAGGAAAUGGAGAGGGAGUUAGAGAGCUAUACAGCUAAUCAGAGAAGUCGUAGGAAAGAGAAAUGUCAGUCUAAUAAGGCAGAAAGCCCUCAAAGGGGCUCGCCUAAAUCAGAAGAAGAGCCUGUAUGGAAACCACAAGAUGUUAUCAUUAGACAAAAACAUAGGCCCUCAGGUCACACAAAUCGGGUGUCUGACUAUCGGAGGGCGUGCUACUUUGGGAACACCAGUAGUCCAAUGGACCGGCUUCCUACCUCUCGCAUACACUGGGACAUUAGCCCUGUUACAUCGGUCACUAGCCUAAUUCCAGUACAAAGCCCCCGGGAUACCACAUCACCCAGGUCUAAGCAUCCUUGCACACGUAGAGAAACCACAGAAGACUCUCUUGCUGUAGAUUCAUCAAAAUCUCCCGUCACCCAGAACACCUCCCUUCCCAUGCUCUCUCCUGAUGCCAGCUUGGCUAGCCCCCCUAUUUUGUGUUUAGACACACCUGACAAAGCCAGGUCAAUGAUUCCUAGGAGAGAGCUGGAUAUAUGCAGGAAGUCCAUGACUGAGGAAGGCUUGAGGGAAAAUAAUCAGGACAGAGUUGUUGCUUUCAGGUCAAGAAAUUCAUACGCUUAUGGCACUCAGCCUUGGGAUUCAGCUUCCAGAAGUCCUUUAGUUGACAGCGUGAGGCCUCAAAGUCCAACUCAACCUUUCACUUCUUCUCCACCAUACACAGCCACAAGAGAUCCCAGUCCUUCAAGUUUUUCUACUUUACCCUAUCAUGAAGUUGCAGCAAAGGUCAAAGGCAGGGAGACUCAAGGCUACGAUGACCAACGAUGUUCAGGUUUUUACACUGAAUUAGAAAGAGAGGGCGUCCGGGCGCGCUCCAGGAGGAGUGACAAAUGUCUUUUCUCUGAUAGCCCCAGCCCUGUUUCAACACUGACUCUUGUAGAAGAAGUUGAUAGUGACCAGUCCCAGUUUUCUGUCCGCAGAAUGUCAGGGUCCUUCAAGGCCAAGCCUGCAGCUCCAUCCCCCAAAAUGUCCCCACUGCAAACAAGUGCAAUUCUUGAAUACCUGAGCCUUCCAGGUUUCAUCGAAAUGAGCGUGGAUGAGCCUGUGGAAAAAGCUGAAGUUACAGACACUGCUGGACAGAGCUCAGACUUAAAACCAGGAAAAUCUCUGAUUGCUAAGCCUGAUGUAGUUCCUAAAAACUGGGAGGUCCAUGUUGAGGGGGUAGCGGACUCAAACCAAAAGGAGGUUUGCUUUGAGCAAACACGUUCUUUAGGUGCUGCAGAGACAAACUUUGACGCAAGUAAAAAACAAGGCUAUAGACACUCCCUCAAUGCACAAGCUAGAGAUUCUUCACACAGAGUAAGAUUUCCCGAUGAGAUGAGACCAUCAUCGCCUGGUCCAGAAAAAACUAGCAAGCAGCUUUAUGAUGAGAAAACACAAAUAAGGAAUAAAAACGCAGACAGACCUGAGUCCAGAUUUGGAUCCAGGUCGGCUCACACCUUGUUUAGUGCAGCUAAAGGCAUGGCAGAUAUAGUGUCAAAACAUUCACAAAGUUUUGCAGAUUAUGGUGAGUCAGAGAAAUCCCAAAGACAAGCUUCUCAGGGCAGCAGGACUAAUAAUAUUGCAUCACGAAUAUGUCAAGCCCCUGUGCCAUUUCUGAAGAAGUCCUUAAGCAUAGGCCCUUGUAGGACUCUUUCAGGUAUGGGACCGCCUCGUCCUUUCCUAAAGAAAUCCAUCAGUCUUGGCUCACAGAGGUGGGAGCACUUUGAAAGCCCGAGAGCAUAUGUUUCCGAGAGAUGUUACUGGGACGAGUUCCCAAACCCAGAUGUCAGAGUAAAGUCCUACAGUUUGGGUCGCACUCCGUCUUCCCUCCCCAGGCCAGGCCCCUCCUGGAGGGAGUAUGUCCCGUUCAGACGCCCCAGCAUGGGGAGCUUAGAGAGGCCUCACCACACACAAAGACCUUUAGCUAGUCCUUCCUACCUCACUCCUUCCAUGUACCCUCCCAGACAAACCUCUAUCUCCCCAGUUUUGGAACCCUGUGAUCCACGACGACAAGCCACCGUUUUCCCCGAGUCCUCCCGGUGGUCCCCCUCUUAUCAGGACACCCUGAGGUCUGCCCAGCAUAAGUAUAUUCCCAUGCCCUCCUCCAUUCCUGUCCCCCAGUACCAGCACUGGCCAGGAUCCAGAGUGGAAAACAUGAGACCCAUGGACCCAAGGAGGGGCCCUCCGAGGUCCUACCUGCCCAGAGGUAUCAGCUGGCCCUCACCCUACUAUACCCCCUUCCCACCGAGGGAGGGGGAGGGUUACAGACAGCCAGACAGGGUGAUGGGGAGAGGGGGUGAGACAGAGAUCCGGGAAGUCAGAGAGGGAGGGAGGGCCAGUUAUGCCAGUCAAAGCAGUGGUAGGGGUAGCACCGGUCUCUUCCGACAGUCCCUGUCCAUCACUCCCACACUGCUCAGCUCCCCAGAAACCACAGAGGAGAGUGAGCGGCACAGAGCUGAGAUGGAGCUACCAGAGAGGAGAAUGAAAAGAAGGAACACAUCAGUAGAUGAGAGUUAUGAGUGGGACUCUGCUGAUGCCUGUGUGGACUCGGAGGUCCUGGAGGCCAUGAGGUUUGAUCAGUCACAAGCGGGUUUUUGGAAAGGCAGGGGAGAGCUCAGAUAUGAUCAAACCGACGGCCUCCAGGACCAGCGAAAAAAAGGCCCGUCUCCCUCAGUCAGCCCACCAGUUUCCAACCCACCUCGCUGCCAGUUCAGUCGCUCCCUAAGUGAGGCGCGUUUCAACGCUCUCCGUCUGGAGUACCAAGAGUACAGGCGCGCUCAGGAUUCCACCUGUUCCCGUGAGCCCUGCCUCACGCCUGGCUGUGAUUCAGACUCUGACUGCCACUCAGCACUGCUCUAGCAGCUUGACCCGGUUUAUCAAAAACAGAUACCAAAUAAUAGACGACAGCACUGUGGUCCUUGCCAGUGUCACACCCCACUGGAGUUUUGUCAUGUAAAAGAGCUUGUUGUAUAAAGUUUGGAUCCUCGGUUACAGCACACUAAAAUGAUCCGGUUUUAAGGGACAGCGACAGAUGACAGGCUGCACCUCCUCAGUUGUCAUCAGAUGACAUAUAUUCUUUUUCUUGUUCUUGUUCCACUGUGCUUUGGAUAAUGAAGCUGAGAAGGGAUUAUUUAUUUUUAUAACAAGCUUGUGCAACUGUGUUUUGGGAUUUUUGUUAAAACCUUGACAAUCAGACACACUGGGGCCCCUUUUGAGGAAAGACACGUUCACCCUCGACAAAUAUGAGUUUACAGUUGAGAGUUGAGAACGACCUGCUUUAUGAAAGCAGCAGCACGCAACAUGGUUUAUUUUACCUUUAUGUCUACUACAUCAAAAACUUCCCUUUAAUAAUAAAAAUAUGCUUAUGACAAUUAUGUAGGUCCAAGAUGACAUCUGUUAGUGGAAAUAUCUGUAAUGUUCCCAGUAUAACAGUGCUCCAAGCAUUUUCACCACCCUCUCCCUUUGAAUAUGACCCGAGUACUCAAAUAAUAGUACUUCAAGAUCAAAUGAUUAAGUUACUCUGAUUUUGUCCUUUAGAACAGCAUCUUAGAGCAGUCCAUGAUAUCAACUUCAUUACUCCAAACAAUCAUUUGCCACUUUCCCUGAAAUCAUUCACAUCAGUCGGUACAGUGUUCACAUGUUGAGAUUUUAUAAAACAAAUUAAAAUAGCCUCCCAGUAUUUGUUAAGAUAUCUGUACAAAUGUUUAUAUGUACCUUAAUGUGAAUGAACCUUGCUGUUAUAUUGUAUAUUCCACAAUCCAUUUCAUCACAUGAGAAAAUGCUACUUUACUCCACCUGAAUCAGACAAACUGACUCUGUAAAUGACAGACAGUGCAACUUGAUAAGAAACACAGGGGGAAAUGAUUUUUGCCUUAUUUUUAUGAAUUUCAUAUGUAUUCUACAGUUGUUGAUUUAACAUGGGAGGUUUGAGCUGACAAGCUAGAAUCAAACUCAUCAGAGGAUUCAAAGUUGUUAAAAAUGUACCUUUUCUACACAAGCUUUCUGGAUAUUUAUUGACGCGAGUUAUCAUAUGCAACAAAGUUUACAAUUCACGUCACUGAUGUGAAGACAACACUGUGAAUAUUUCAUCGACUUCUAAUUCUGUAUUUGAAUUGUGAAUCUGUUAUAAAUUGUGUGCCCAUUAGCUUACGUUUGUUCUGUUGGUUUUUUUUUACUGGAAAAUGACAAAAGUUGUUUUUGUACAUCACCUGGCAAACAGAUUUAAAUAAUAUCUUUGUAGCUAUACUUUGGGAAGAGUCAACAUUUGUACUAUAUUUACUUACAUAACUGAUAAUGAUGAUGAAAAUCUUCAUAUGGAGCAAGUUUGCAUUUCUGAUGAUGGUUUUGGACGUUUUGUACAAACUGGAAAA